AUGGCAUUACCUAAAAGAAUAUUAAAAGAAACCGAACGUUUAAUUGCUGAUCCUCCUCCAGGAAUUGUUGCAGAGUUUUGUCAGGAUAAUUUAAGGUAUUUUAAAAUAAAGAUUGAAGGACCAGCACAAUCUGCAUAUGAAGAUGGUAUUUUUUGCUUGGAAUUGUUCCUUCCUGAAGAAUAUCCUAUGGUAGCACCUAAAGUUAGGUUUUUGACUAAAAUUUAUCAUCCAAAUAUUGAUAAACUUGGGAGAAUAUGUAUGGACAUCUUGAAGAAUGCAUGGUCUCCCGCUCUGCAAAUACGAACAGUGUUAUUAUCGAUUCAGGCACUCUUGUCUACUCCUAAUCCAAAUGACCCAUUAGAUCAAUCUAUAGGGCAAGAAUUUUUAUAUAAUCGCGCAACAUUUGAUGCAACUGCUAAAGAAUGGACACGUUUGUAUGCGAAGGUGAAAAAAUGA